AUGUUCUUAGGGGCCAUUGCUAGGUCUAGAUGGAAUCGUUUUGGUCAAUGUACGUUUGAUGGGAAAAUUGAAAUUUUCCCUUUUAUCAAUAGGGUGGCAGCACAAAGAGAUUCAAAGAAUCGACCAAGGGGUUCAAUAGAAAUUAAACCAACCGAAUCAGUUAAUCAAGAAGUUUAUAGGAGUAUGCUCAUACAACAAUUGAUUCCGGCUAUACUAAGAAAAUGGUCAAGUGAAGGACCUUCCGUUAUUUUUAUUCAACAAGAUAAUGCAAGGGUUCAUAUCACAAACGAUGAUCCAAUAUGGCAACAACACAAUAGGCAAAGGGGUUUAACUUUCAUUCUUACUCAACAACCUCCAAAUAGUCCGGAUUGUAAUAUUCUAGACUUAGGUUUCUUUAGGAGUAUACAAUCACUUAUGCAUAAAAAGAUGCCCAAAAACAUGACAGAAUUAAUCACAACGGUUCAGGAUGCAUUCGGAGAGUUACAUCCAAAGACCUUAAGUAAUGUGUGGAUCUCAUUACAACAUCAUAAUGAGAUUCUAAAAGUUAAAGGGUGUAAUGACUACAUACAACCACACUUUGGAAAAAAGGUUCAAGAAGACAAUGGCAGGUUAAGGAUUCAAGUGAGAAUUCCGACACAAUUGGUUAGAGAAGCUGUAGCUUUUCUUAACCCAAACAGGGAUCAACAACAAACACAAGCAUUAACAGAAAAUGAGGAUGCUGCACAAACAACAGAGAUCAUUCAAGAAGCUUAUGAUCAGGCAGUUGAAGAAACUCAAGGAUGA